GUUACGAAAUCGUCUGCUAUUCAAAUGUGGUCAUGACCAGCUGCAAACUUAGCAAAGUCAUCCCAUCCUGUCUGUCCUUUGUCCUGAAAAGAAAGAAAGCAUUGCAUUUUAACAGAAAUUUUGGAAGAAAAAUGACAGAUGUGAGCAACCAUUUGGAGAGAACUGCAGAAAGUGGAAGAAAUAAUAUAACCUCCUUGGCAACGGUCAUAGGACUGAGACAAGAGUCAACAACAGUAAAAAGUCUGAGGUUAAAAAUUCAUGAUGAAAGGCUAAUAUUCAAGGCAGGACAGUGGGUUGAUAUGUUUAUGCCUGAAGUUGACAUUGUUGGUGGUUUUUCUAUGUAUUCAUCACCAGAACAGUUACAGAGAGAGGGCACUAUUGAUUUAGCUGUUAAGUACAGUACACACCCACCAGCAUUAUGGGUACAUACAAAGUGUAAUGAAGGAACCAAAGUAUAUAUAAGAGUUGGUGGAGAUAUUUACUAUGACCCUGGUGUCUCAGAGCCACCCCAUGAUCUCUUGUUGAUUGCUGGUGGCAUUGGUAUCAACCCUCUAUUAAGUAUAUUGUACCAUGUCAGAGAUUUAAUAACCUUAAAGAAAAAAGGAAAUCUUGAAGGCGACAAAUUGAUACCACAGAAAGUUUUAUUGUUGUACAGUGCCGCUAAACAAGAUGAACUUAUUUGCAAGAAUCAAAUAGAAAAGAUAGUAUCUGCAAAUGAUGAGAUCAAAUGUAAAUUUUUUGUGACUCAGGCAGAGUCUAGUAAUGGUUUAAAGGCUGGAAGAAUUGGUAAAGAAGAUAUAAAAGAAUCAUUUAAUUGGUUGAAAGAACAUCAGACAAAGACUUACAUAUGUGGACCAUCACCAAUGAUAACUGACAUGGAAAAACUUUUGAUAGGACAAGGAUUAGACAAAAAAACGAUACUAUAUGAAAAGUGGUGGAUUCCGGCUGAAACAGCCUAACUGUCAACUUAUAUAUAGGAUUUAUGCAGUUACAUAAUAUAUGAAUAAAUAUGAAAGUUUCAAAUAAUUUAAGUCAAUGAGAUACCCAAGUUAGUCACGUUCUUGAACUUACAGCCAAUGCCUAGGCUUAAUUGAGAUAUUUUAUAUGACCUCAGUAAAAUCAUAUCUAUAGGCCAUGCAGAGAUUGAUGUAUAACAUGAAUAAUGGUAUACUGUUGUCCACAUGUCAAACUAAAUGUUGGUUGGUCUGCUAGUAUGAAUGAUUUAAAGAAAAUCAUUUGACCAGUUUAUUCAAACUUGCUUGAAUGUUAUGGAUGACUAAUUGUAGUUUUUUAUUUUUGUUAAUUACGCAUAAAGUGUUUCUGUGUUAUGGCCCAUUUAAUUUUUAAAUAUAGUUCAUUUUCUGUUUUCUUGGUGACACAGAAAGUACCAAUGAACUAAAUGAAUUGAAUUAUAAAUCAAAAUAUAGAUUUAUAUUGGUUUUGGCUGAUUUUGAAUAAAGCGUUCUAUAGU